UUUUCGCCAUACAAACCCGAAGUUAAGCACCAUGGGCACCUACGUCGAGGACUACCUGGAGAGCAUGUACCUGCUGCCGUCGGAGAUCAAGCGCAACUUCGACCUCAUGCGGGAGCUGGACAAGACGUCCUACCCGCUCCUCGAGGAACUUAAGACGACACAGAAAACGUACUUAACGAGUGCGCGACAAAAAGUGCUCGCUAGGUGCGCAGAUGCGACAAAAGGUGAAGCUACCGAGCAAGAGCUGCGCGAGCUCAUUGAAGCCGACGAUAUGGUGCAGAAACUGCAGGAGAAACACGCUCUGGUCGUACAGAAGCUGGACGAGAAGAUCGCCAUUGCCGCUCAGAGCUACGACAUCGUAGACCACCAUAUUCGCCGGUUGGAUAGAGAUCUGGAGAGCUACUCGGCUCUAUUGAAGGCGAAUGGAGAGUAUCAAGAGGACAGCAGGCCUCAACGCAAGAAGCAGAAGGUGGCAGCAGCCAGCACAGUGCACCAAGUCAGUCAUACAGUGCCCAAUGUCAAUGUCCGCAGUAAGAACAGCACAGGUGCUGGUAGUAUGAAGGACAAGACAGUCAUGUCGGUGGCUAAGGCUUCCAGUGGUGGCAGUUCGUCGAGAAAGAGAUCCAUCGCAGAGACUACAGUGGCUGUGCCCGCUGCAGCUGUUGAGCCGGUGAUCUUGGCCUCGGAAGAUCUUCCCAUUGACCCGAACGAACCUAUUUAUUGCAGUUGUCGACGAGUGUCGUUCGGUCAGAUGGUCGGCUGUGACAACGACGACUGCAAGUACGAGUGGUUCCACUUUGGCUGCGUGGGGCUCGCGGACCAACCUGCAGGCAAAUGGUACUGCCAGGACUGCAAGGUACAGCUUGGUAUCAAGUAAACUUUGCAUGCUUCUGAACUGCAGGCUGCGUGCUGUACGAGUUAAUGAUAAGAUUCGCAGAAUGAAAUCGAUUUUUUUGCCUAGGAAUUCACUGCGAGGUUUUGUUUCACGUCUACAAAAUUGGUUUCCGCUACACUGAUUACCAUUGAUGCUUCUGGAGCUAUUCCUUUCCUAUAAUGUAAGCCGAGAGGACACGCGGGUGAAACAUGCAUUUUUUUUAGUUGCUGUGUUAUAUAAAACUCAUACUUGUUUGGAUUUGAAAC